AAGCACCAUACGCAAGAAUUGUAUUCCUCUUUCCACUCGGUCUGUGCCAGAAAAAGAGAAGUUGUUUCCUUUCAGCUGCUAAUAUCCGCCAAUGUUCAAUAAGUACGACCCUGAGUCCUUCUGUCGCAGUUCCUUUCUCAAGGUAUAGUGUCCGAUUACAUCUUAUCAAGUUUUGGUCGGCGGUGGACGGAUACGGUGCGAAGAGACAGUGCCUCGAACGUUGUGUAGAAAGGGGUCAUUUUGAACGGCGAGCAACGCCCUUGGCUAUGGAUAUUGUCGCGGGAACGGCGACUUGCUACCCGGUGACUCCGAUCUGCCCUGUUGAGUACUGGUAAAUGUCGUAUCCGUUCGAGGCUAUGGUAAUGACAAAGUCAAGAUGGAUACGAGGGGGGUUCAAAAUGGAUCAGAGGACCGGGCGGAACUCACAAUACUUUGCAAUGUUCCCCCGCCUCGCAGUAGUCAUUGCUGCCUCCUUUGCUGUUCUGGCAGCAGCCACUCCCGUUGAGGUUCGAGGUGAUUCUGGUGACAGCCAGUGCAACGGCGGCACCAUCAGUUGCUGCAACAGUGUGCAAGAUGCUAGCUCAUCCUCGGUGACCAGCCUCCUGGGGCUCCUGGGCCUGAGCCUUGGUAGUAUAACUGGCCAAGUUGGCCUAAACUGUAGCCCUCUCACUGUAGUCGGCGUGGGCUCGGGUGCCAGUUGCACGUCGCAGACUGUUUGCUGCACGGGCAACUCCUUCGUAAGUCCAAUUGUUGUCCGGCCUGUUUCUGCGCAUGGCUGAUGGUCGACGGUCUUAACUUCGCAGAAUGGUCUCAUCAACGUUGGCUGUACCCCCAUUAAUGUUGCCUUGUAAACGUGAGAACUCGGAAUAGGGUAAAACUUGGACAACGUAGCUAUGUCGAAAUUUGAUUGGUUUUCUUGCUAAGAGUGCGGCGGACUAUGUUCAAGUUUACCUUGCCAAGGUGAUGUGCAGCUUGUGCAGAAACCGUGCGUUCCAGUUCGUGUCUUUUCAAAAUCUAUGAGACUGCCAAUUAGUUGAGAAACGAGAGGCACAUAACUCGAAGCGCUGCUGCUUUGGAUCGAUUGGUAUAGGGUAAUGAGUAACGUGAAAAGCCGUUAGUAUCAUGGUCAUAGGCGCCGCCACAAGCGAUACUAUCGAUGCACAUGAAAGCUCCCAGCAGCAUGGUGUAUUAUUUCCCCAAGCGAACGGAUGCAAAAGUACCUCGGG